CCUAGCAACCGAGAGAUACGGAGAGCAACCGCCUAGCGGUCGGAAAGUGCAUUUUUCAGAGCCCUGGGAAUCCGAGCUGACCGAUCACUGACAGGGGCGAUUGACUCCUAGUUGUCCCCCUAACUCCUAGGGGCCUUCUGCCCCCGACCCCAUCAUGACGUCCCCCCUGUGCAGAGCGGCAUCCGCCAGCGCCCUGCCUCCUCAGGAUCAGGCUUCGACGCCCUCUUCCAAGGGCAGGAAGAGUUUGGGCAAACCCAGCCAUCUCCGAGGAAAGGGUGCAACCCAGGCUUGGACACUCGGCCGUUCCAAGGCAGGAUCCUUCGGCAGAGGUGCAGGGAAGCCCUCUAUGCACUCGCAGGUGGCUGAAUUACAUAGAAAGAUACAACUGCUAGAGGGUGACCGCAAGGCUUUUUUUGAGAGCUCACAGUGGAACAUCAAGAAGAAUCAGGAAACCAUCAGUCAGCUCCGUGAGGAAACUAAGGCACUGGAACUAAAGCUGCUGGACCUGCUCAAGGGAGAUGAGAAAGUGGUCCAGGCAGUGAUACAAGAAUGGAAGUCGGAGAAGCCGUACCUCAAGAACAGGACAGGCCAGCAGGCUCUGGAGCACCUGGACCACCGGCUGAGCGAGAAGGUGAAGCAGCGGAACGCCCUGCAGCACCAGGUGGUGUUGCGGCAGAGGCGGCUGGAGGAGCUCCAGCUCCAGCACAGCCUGCGCCACCAGGAGAUGGCAGAGGCGCAAAACAGCCACUCGGAGGUGGCCAAGACCAUGCGGAACCUGGAGAACCGCCUGGAGAAGGCCCGGAUGAAGGCGGAGGAGGCCGAGCGCAUUACCAGCGUGUACCUGCAGCUCAAGGCCUAUCUACAGGACGAGAGCCUCCACUUGGAGAAUCGGCUGUACUUCAUGGAGGCUGAGGUGGUGAGGACCAAACACGAGCUGGAGGCACUGCACCUGGUGAACCAGGAGGCCCUCAACGCCCGGGAGAUUGCCAAGAACCAACUGCAGUAUCUGGAGGAGACCUUGGUUCGAGAGCGCAAGAAGCGGGAACGCUACAUAAGUGAGUGCAAGAAGCGCGCUGAGGAGAGGAAACUGGAGAACCAGCGCAUGGAGCGCAAGACCCACCGUGAGCACCUGCUGCUGCAGUCUGAAGACACCAUCCAAGACAGCCUGCAUGCCAAGGAGGAGGAGCUGCGGCGGCGCUGGAGCAUGUACCAGAUGGAGGUGAUAUUUGACAAGGUCAAGGACGCCACCGGCACUGCUGAGUCGCACUCGGUGGUGCGGCGGUUCCUGGCCCAGGGAGACACCUUUGCGAAGCUGCAGACGCUCAAGAGCGAGAACGAGCAGACGUUGGUGACGCUGAAGCAGGAGAAGCAACAGCUGCAGCGGGAGCUGGAAAACCUCAAGUACUCGGGGGAGGCCACAAUGGUGAGCCAGCAGAAACUGCAAGCCGAGGCGCAGGAACGCCUCAAGCAGGAGGAGCGGCGGCGCGCCGAGGCCCAGGACCAGCUGGAGCGCACCUUGCGGGCGAUGCAAGUGGCUAAGGACAGCCUGGAGCACCUGGCCAGCAAGCUGAUCCACAUCACUGUGGAGGACGGUAGUUUCGCGGGAAAGGAGCUGGAUCCCCAAGCAGAUAACUAUCUACCAAACCUGCUGGACUUCGUGGAGGAAAAGCUGCUGAAACUGCAGUCGCAGCUCGGGAGCCACGACGUCCAGGAGAUGCUGCGUCACAUCGCCGACCGCGAGUUCCUUGCCAGCUUAGAGGAAAGCCUGCCCAAAUACAACACCCGCAUCGCCCUGCCCCUUGCUACUUCCAAGGACAAGUUUUUUGACGAAGAGAGUGAGGAGGAGGACAACGAGGUAGUGACCCGCGCAUCGCUCAAGAUCCGUUCACAGAAGUUAAUCGAAAGCCGCAAGAAGCACCGUCGCUCUCGGAGGUCCUAGACUCGCCCUGGUGGCCCCAUCGGGGCCCCCGAUUCCUCCGGGCCUAGCGCAGGCCCCACGGGGCCCCUUCAAGGGCCGAACGUAGUUCGGACAGGGAGCCAAGGCAGCCAGCGGCGCCCGGAGGAGAGGAAGGGGCCGGGCCAGACGUUCCCACAGUAAAUCUCCCCAGCUGGGUCUGCCCUGGCCUCAGAAUUGCGCAAUAAAGGUCACAGACCAAGCCCCUGGGUAUUUGUCUCUUUAUGACCCUGCACCACUCAAGAGAGAGUUGUCCCUGAAAACCCAGGGCCACAGACUUGUAUUCCCUGUUUUCCCAGCACUUUGGGAGGCUGAGCUGGGUGGAUUGCUUGAGCCCAGGGGUUCCAGACCAGCUUGGGCAACAUGGUGAAAAAGAGUUCUAACCGCCCCCCCCC